CUGGUUCGUUCUAUUCCGUUCAAAAAUCGAUAUUGCGAUCCCAAAGACAGAAGUAGAACAUCCUUUCUGUCUGUUCUCUGUCUGCACUCGGUGCAGUCGCAUAUACCAGCACUACACAGCCACAGACAGAGUUGUGUAUUGUGCAGACGUGAAGUAAUUUUAUCGGUGCUUCGCUGAGUCGCCUCUGAAAUGUUUCGGACGACGUUAUGAAUAGCACAACGCAUUUGCCGAAUUUGCGCAGUUGAUUUUCAAUUGACAUGCUGUGCGUGAUCGCCAUAUUUUUCUUCGAAUACUCCACUUGAUGGUACCGUUGUUGCCAGUGCGGUGUGGGUACCGUAAUAAAGCACCACGGUUUGGAUUUGUGCAUUAAUUAUCUCUGAUCAGUGAUCACUACUGGUUUUUCAUCUCAUCACUCCGUUUGGACACUUGUAAACAAACGCUUUGCGAAGUGCUGACGCGCGUGUCGCUGAUAACUGAUCGUCUCCGUUUUUGCAGUAGCCAUUUUUUACUGCAUCAUCCCGGCCACGCAGCCAAUGAGCGUUGGUUGUUGUUUAUCGGUGAUUCCUUGAUCGAUCUCAUCGACGCGAUGUGUGUUAUAAUUCAACUUCCCUGUGUGUGUUGAGCGUCGCAAGUCAGCUUGUGCAAGUGCGCUGGCCGAUGGUAAUAUGCAUUAAGCCAUUUAUGUGAUAUGUCGACAGAGUGAAGCAGCAUCUCAUCUGUCUCUCUGUCUGCUCUCUGUCUCCGGCCAGCAACGUUGGCGCGGCUGUUAUCGACCUGCAAAGUGUAUUGAGAGUAAUUUUGUUAUAUCCGUCUUCUGUCUGCCUCCUCUCGCGUCGGUGCUGCUUCUUUGACCAGCGCUGCACGGUUUUGUGUGUUUCGUGGAAGUUGGAGAGCAUUCUGACCGGGCGGAAUAUUUUAUUCAUUUAAAUUAUUCGACCAGCGGGCGGAGUGUUUCUAUCUGGAUACCUGCCAUUCGAAUUUAUUGGCGGUGAUACGAUGGAGCGGAGCGGUCAGAAGAACAAGCGGCCCAGAGUCACAGACGGUCCGGGAAAUUCUGCCACCCGCUCAGGCGUACCCAAUGGACCGCUACAUGCACGGCCUCUAAUUGCUCUACUGGAUGGGCGAGAUUGUUCCGUGGAAAUGCCGAUUUUGAAAGAUGUGGCAACCGUGGCGUUUUGCGAUGCACAAUCCACAACGGAAAUACACGAGAAGGUGUUGAACGAAGCAGUGGGCGCUCUAAUGUGGCACACCAUCACACUAACACGGGAGGACCUGGAGAAAUUCAAAGCCCUAAGGAUUAUUGUACGGAUCGGGUCGGGUGUGGACAACAUCGACAUUAAGGCAGCAGGUGAAUUGGGCGUGGCCGUGUGCAAUGUGCCCGGAUUCGGUGUGGAGGAAGUGGCCGAUACGACGCUGUCGUUGAUCCUCAAUCUGUACCGGCGAUCCCAUUGGCUGGCCAUGGAUGUGGCUGCCGGCAAGAAGAUCAACGGGCCCGAGCAGGUCCGCGAUGCCGCCAAGGGAUGCGCUCGAAUUCGUGGAGAUACGCUGGGAAUAAUUGGGCUAGGUCGCAUUGGAUCAGCCGUGGCACUCCGAGCCAAAGCCUUCGGUUUCAAUGUUAUUUUCCAUGAUCCCUACAUCCCGGAUGGUAUUGAGAAGUCGCUGGGAUUAACCCGUGUAUACUCACUACAGGAGCUGCUAUUCCAGUCCGACUGUGUCUCAUUGCACUGCACACUCAACGAGCAAAACCACCACAUGAUUAACGAGUACACAAUCAAACAAAUGCGACCAGGCGCCUUCCUCGUCAACACGGCACGGGGUGGACUGAUUGAUGAAGCAGCCCUCGCGACGGCGCUAAAGGAGGGUCGCAUCCGCGCUGCUGCCCUUGAUGUCAAUGAAAAUGAACCCUUCUCUCAGCAAAGCAAAUUAUGGGAAUGCCCGAAUUUGAUGUGUACGCCCCACGCAGCAUGGUACAGCGAACAAAGUUAUCAAGAACUGCGCGAGAUGGCCGCUGCCGAAAUCCGUCGGGCCAUAACUGGCCGAAUUCCCGAUGCCCUGAGGAAUUGUGUGAACAAGGAGUUCCUUCACACGCCCGGACCCGGUUUACGAGACGCACUGAACGGUCCGGCCGGCCUGAACGCCGCUGCCGCCGCCGCCCUGGCCCAUUUCCCCGGCAUGCACGGUGCCCCGGGCGCGGGUCUCCCGCUGCCCAUUGUGCCUUUAGCUCACCCUCCCGGCAUGAGCGCCGGUCUGCCCGGCAUUCCCUCACCGGCCGCUGCGGCCCUGGCCGCCGCUGCUGCCGCCGCCCAACAACAGCAGCAGCAGCUGAUGAACAACAAUCACAACAACAAGGGCGAACCCGACAGUGACUGAUCCCCUUCCCCGCCGCCGCCCGACGUCGACCGUGAAAAACGACACACGUCACACGUUGGACACAAUCUUUCCUUUGUUUUGUUAUUCUCGUCUCGCCGCUGCUGGUCCAAAAUGAGGAUAGAAACGGGAAUGGGGGACGGGAUGUCGUCGUUUAUUGGGCCACUCGCACGCGCACCGUUGGAUUCUAUGUUUCUGCUGGAGAAUAGUAAUCGCGGCUCUGUUGUUAUUAUUCUAGCAUGUUUUUUUUCUGUUUUUUUGGCACACGCACGCACUACACGCGGAUCAUUUGGGGGUGUAUAAAGAAAGUCUUUUUUGAGGAAAUUUGUCGGUGUGUGUGUGCGCGCAGCGCUGACCGCUCUGCUGUUGGGCAGGGAGGGAAUUCUUUCUUUUUUUUUGGUUGGUUUCAGUGUACGGUUCUUAUUUUGGAAAUUAGUAUUUUCUGGAAUUUCAUGAUUUUUGUUUUUAGCCAUCUGUUAAUUUUAUCUUGGGCGCCCUUGAAUGUUUUCAAAGAAGAUUACUUGGGAAAGAAUAAUUAAGAAUGAAAACUCGAUUGUUC